CCCCCCUCCCCCCGGCGGGCCGGCGGCCGGGGGAGGGCGGACGGCGCGACUGGCUGUAUAUAUCCCCGCGCACCCCGCCAGGUCGCGCACAGCGCCCCAGCCCAGCGCCUCCCCGCCCCCUCCCCGCGCUCCGCGGCCGCCGCGGUGGCAGCAACAUGGCUGUGGAUGGGUGUUCGGGGUGGCGCUGGCGGCGGGAGGAGCUCCCCAGAGCCCCUGCGCCGGCCGCCCGCUGCUAGCUAUGGCAAAUGGUGGCGGCGGCGGCGGUGGCGACAGUAGUAGCAGCGGCGGCGACGGCGGCGGAGGCAGCAGUCUUAGAAUGAGCAGCAAUAUCCACGCGAACCAUCUCAGCCUAGACGCGUCCUCCUCCUCCUCCUCCUCCUCUUCCUCCUCCUCCUCUUCCUCUUCGUCCUCGGUCCACGAGCCCAAGAUGGAUGCGCUCAUCAUCCCGGUGACCAUGGAGGUGCCGUGCGAUAGCCGGGGCCAACGCAUGUGGUGGGCUUUCCUGGCCUCCUCCAUGGUGACUUUCUUCGGGGGCCUCUUCAUCAUCUUGCUCUGGCGGACGCUCAAGUACCUGUGGACCGUUUGCUGUCACUGCGGGGGCAAGACGAAGGAGGCCCAGAAGAUCAACAAUGGCUCGAGCCAGGCAGACGGCACUCUCAAGCCAGUGGACGAGAAGGAGGAGGCGGUGGCAGCCGAGGUCGGCUGGAUGACCUCCGUGAAGGACUGGGCAGGUGUGAUGAUAUCUGCCCAGACGCUGACUGGCAGAGUCCUGGUUGUCUUAGUCUUUGCUCUCAGCAUUGGUGCACUUGUAAUAUACUUCAUAGAUUCGUCAAACCCAAUAGAAUCCUGCCAGAAUUUCUACAAAGAUUUCACAUUACAGAUCGACAUGGCUUUCAACGUGUUCUUCCUUCUCUACUUUGGCCUGCGGUUCAUUGCAGCCAAUGAUAAGCUGUGGUUCUGGCUGGAAGUGAACUCUGUAGUAGAUUUCUUCACGGUCCCUCCCGUGUUUGUGUCUGUGUACUUAAACAGAAGUUGGCUUGGUUUGAGAUUUUUAAGAGCUCUCAGGCUGAUACAGUUCUCAGAAAUUUUGCAGUUUCUGAAUAUCCUUAAAACAAGUAAUUCCAUCAAGCUGGUGAAUCUGCUCUCCAUAUUUAUCAGCACGUGGCUGACUGCGGCCGGCUUCAUUCAUUUGGUGGAGAAUUCAGGGGACCCAUGGGAAAACUUCCAAAACAACCAGGCUCUUACAUACUGGGAAUGUGUCUACUUACUCAUGGUCACGAUGUCCACCGUCGGCUAUGGGGAUGUUUAUGCAAAAACCACGCUUGGACGCCUCUUCAUGGUCUUCUUCAUCCUCGGGGGACUGGCCAUGUUUGCCAGCUACGUCCCUGAAAUCAUAGAGUUAAUAGGAAACCGCAAGAAAUACGGGGGCUCCUAUAGUGCUGUUAGUGGAAGAAAGCAUAUCGUGGUCUGUGGACACAUCACUCUGGAGAGUGUUUCCAACUUCCUGAAGGACUUUCUGCACAAGGACCGGGAUGACGUCAAUGUGGAGAUCGUCUUUCUUCACAACAUUUCCCCUAACCUGGAGCUCGAAGCUCUGUUCAAACGACAUUUUACUCAGGUGGAAUUUUAUCAGGGUUCAGUCCUCAAUCCACAUGAUCUUGCACGAGUCAAGAUAGAGUCAGCAGAUGCGUGCCUAAUUCUUGCCAACAAAUACUGCGCUGACCCGGAUGCUGAAGAUGCCUCCAACAUCAUGAGAGUAAUCUCUAUAAAGAACUACCACCCGAAGAUCAGGAUCAUCACUCAGAUGCUGCAGUAUCACAACAAGGCCCAUCUGCUAAACAUCCCGAGCUGGAAUUGGAAAGAGGGGGAUGAUGCAAUCUGCCUCGCGGAGCUAAAGUUGGGUUUCAUAGCCCAGAGCUGCCUGGCUCAAGGCCUCUCCACGAUGCUCGCCAACCUCUUCUCCAUGAGGUCAUUCAUAAAGAUUGAGGAAGACACAUGGCAGAAAUACUACCUGGAAGGAGUCUCCAAUGAAAUGUACACAGAAUAUCUCUCCAGUGCCUUCGUGGGUCUGUCCUUCCCUACUGUUUGUGAGCUGUGUUUUGUGAAGCUCAAGCUCCUAAUGAUAGCCAUUGAGUACAAGUCCGCCAACCGAGAAAGCCGAAGCCGAAAGCGUAUAUUAAUUAAUCCUGGAAACCAUCUUAAGAUCCAAGAAGGUACUUUAGGAUUUUUCAUCGCAAGUGAUGCCAAAGAAGUUAAAAGGGCAUAUUUUUACUGCAAAGCCUGUCAUGAUGACAUCACAGAUCCCAAGAGAAUUAAAAAAUGUGGCUGCAAACGGCCCAAGAUGUCCAUCUACAAGAGAAUGAGACGGGCAUGUUGUUUUGAUUGCGGACGUUCUGAGCGUGACUGCUCGUGCAUGUCAGGCCGUAUGCGUGGUAACGUGGACACCCUUGAGAGAGCCUUCCCACUUUCUUCUGUCUCUGUUAAUGAUUGCUCCACCAGUUUCCCUGCCUUUGAAGACGAGCAGCCGUCAACGCUAUCACCAAAAAAAAAGCAACGGAAUGGGGGCAUGAGAAACUCGCCCAACUCCUCGCCGAAGCUGAUGAGGCACGACCCCUUGCUGAUUCCUGGGAAUGAUCAGAUUGACAACAUGGACUCCAAUGUCAAGAAGUAUGACUCCACUGGGAUGUUUCACUGGUGCGCUCCCAAGGAGAUCGAGAAAGUCAUCCUGACCCGAAGUGAGGCUGCCAUGACCGUGCUGAGCGGUCACGUUGUGGUCUGCAUCUUUGGUGACGUCAGCUCAGCCCUGAUUGGCCUGCGGAACCUGGUGAUGCCGCUCCGUGCCAGCAACUUCCAUUACCAUGAGCUCAAGCACAUUGUGUUCGUGGGUUCCAUUGAGUACCUCAAGCGGGAAUGGGAGACACUCCAUAACUUCCCUAAAGUAUCCAUAUUGCCUGGUACGCCAUUAAGUCGGGCUGAUUUAAGGGCUGUCAACAUCAACCUCUGUGACAUGUGCGUUAUCCUGUCAGCCAAUCAGAAUAAUAUUGAUGAUACUUCGCUGCAGGACAAGGAAUGCAUCUUGGCGUCACUCAACAUCAAAUCUAUGCAGUUUGAUGACAGCAUCGGGGUCUUGCAGGCUAAUUCCCAAGGAUUCACACCGCCAGGAAUGGACAGAUCCUCUCCAGAUAACAGCCCAGUGCAUGGGAUGCUACGCCAGCCCUCCAUCACGACCGGAGUGAAUAUCCCCAUCAUCACUGAACUAGCUAAACCGGGCAAGUUGCCUUUGGUAUCAGUCAAUCAGGAAAAAAACAGUGGGACGCACAUUCUAAUGAUAACUGAACUGGUGAAUGAUACUAAUGUUCAGUUUUUGGACCAAGAUGAUGAUGAUGAUCCUGACACAGAACUGUACCUCACACAGCCCUUUGCAUGUGGGACAGCAUUUGCCGUCAGUGUCCUGGACUCGCUCAUGAGUGCGACGUACUUUAAUGACAAUAUCCUCACCCUGAUACGGACCUUGGUGACUGGAGGAGCCACCCCGGAGCUUGAGGCUCUGAUUGCUGAGGAGAAUGCACUUCGAGGGGGCUACAGCACCCCCCAGACCCUGGCCAAUAGGGACCGUUGCCGUGUGGCCCAGUUAGCUCUGCUGGAUGGGCCCUUCGCAGACUUGGGGGAUGGUGGUUGUUAUGGUGAUCUAUUCUGCAAAGCUUUAAAAACAUACAAUAUGCUUUGUUUUGGAAUUUACCGGCUAAGAGAUGCCCACCUCAGCACCCCCAGCCAAUGCACGAAGAGGUAUGUCAUCACCAACCCCCCCUAUGAGUUUGAGCUUGUGCCGACGGACCUGAUCUUCUGCUUAAUGCAGUUUGACCACAACGCCGGCCAGUCCCGGGCCAGCCUGUCCCAUUCCUCCCACUCGUCACAAUCCUCCAGCAAGAAGAGCUCCUCCGUUCACUCCAUCCCAUCCACAGCAAACCGGCAGAACCGACCCAAGUCCAGGGAGUCCCGGGACAAACAGAAUGCGACAAGGAUGAAUAGAAUGGGCCAAGCAGAAAAGAAAUGGUUUACAGAUGAACCGGAUAAUGCCUAUCCCAGAAACAUUCAAAUCAAGCCCAUGAGUACCCACAUGGCUAACCAGAUCAACCAAUAUAAAUCCACAAGCAGCUUGAUUCCUCCAAUCAGAGAAGUUGAAGAUGAAUGUUGACUCCCAGGAGACCAGAACUAUUUUUUUAAAGCCUGACAAACUUCAUAAAUGGUGACGUGACUUUUCUGCCUCUUACAUGCUGAAUCACUGGUGGAAACAUUAGGAUAAGCAAGAAUUGCAAGAAAAUAAUGUAGACAGAUCUUUCUCUUUGUCUGCCUUGAAUAUUGCUUCCAUGUAUUUUGGAAAAGAAAAUGAUUUCAUUUAUAAAUGAACAUACUAAAAUGGUCAUGUAUAGCCUCUAGCAUUUUAAAUUAUUUUGUUUAUUAGAAAAGAAAAUAUAUUUUUUCUUUUUUUUUCAUUGUCAAAUAUCUUCCCUAUAUCUAAACAAUGCAAAAUCAAAAUGAAUAAGUGGCCAGACUCCUUAAUAAACAUUUCUCUUCUUUCUUUUCCUUUGAGGAGAAUGAUGGUCACCACCACAAUUAAUUGUGAUUAAGGGAAAUGGAUUAUACAAAUGAUUUUAAAGUGGUUCACAAUGUGUACAUGUAUUUUAGCAGAUCCAAAAACAAAAACAAAAGAGGACAGGCAAACCCCUGCUCCUCUCUUGCAAGGGUGUGUGUUUUGAUCUUCAUUGACACCAGCUCUUAAUAAAUGGAGACUUACUUAUUUUCACAGUUGGAGUUAAAUUUUUGUAGUUUUAGUUUCAUUGUUUUUCUCACCUCUUUUUCACAUGUUGAAAGGAAAGACCUUUUUGCACUUUGCUUCUGAUGGUCAAGUAGGUCAGGUUGAGGGAGCCAAGUAGCAGUACCAGAAGGGUUGUGGGCAUCCUUGGAAUGUGGGAGUCGAGGACAUGGGCAUACACGACAUGUUUGUUGUUCUAAUGGUGGGCACCCCUCCAUGCUAUUAGGCUUCUCAUUCCACAGCAAAUCACUCAAACACUUAGUUUCAGCUUUGGGAGGAUCUUGUGAACUCCCCUCCCCCCAUCUCAGAGCUUUUAGCCUGAAAGUUUAUAAAUAUGAAUGAAUAAUUGCCCUUACCCAUGGGAUCUGAGAUGCACUCAUUUAUCGCACUAAAUUUUUAUUUAAAAUCCAGAAAUUUUCCAUGAUCAAGGAAGUGACUGUGGAAUGGAUUUUAAUUUGCUCACUUUCCUUGAUUUAAUAAUUGCGGGGGCAAAACACACAAACUUGCUAUAGCAAUUUAAAACAACAAUAAUAACAAAAAAGGAAAGCAACAAAUGCACUCAAUAUAGACUGUUAGCAAAAGGCCUUUGAAAAUUACCAGCAAUGAAACAAAAUGUACGUGUCACUUUAAACGGUGGUCAAAAGAAUCUGCCAGCCAUUGGACUCCACGGGCACAUUGUAGCCCUGCUCUUGCCUGCAUGUUGUGUGUACAGCCACCCCAACAAUGUUCCGUGCCAAUGAUUAGCAAGUCUUUCAAUGUCAAAAUGACCCAUUUUUAAAUACGAUCACCAGGGUCUCUGGAGAAGCAUGGAUGUCAUAGUGAAUUUUAAUUUCUUAAAAAUGUAAACUGUGGCUACUUAACCAAACUAACCCAAAUAUCCCCCAAAGUCCCGUGAUAUCUACUCCAUUCACUCUAGGCCAUGACCCUGUGGUACUAGUUAUGAUAGUGCAAAUCAGAUCAGAGCUGAGCAGUGAGAUCACCAUGGAAACAUACGUCCACUAAGCACUCCAAUUCUGAUGUAGGCAAAACGACUUUCUACCUUUGUCCACUCCCCGCAGAGCCAGUGUAGUCAUGCUUCCACCUCGUAGGCAUUGUCCUGCAGUGACGUGUUGGACUGUGAUUACUCUGUGUCACAUUUUGUAGAAUUAGUUCUAUAAAAGUAUCGUGAUUAUAAUGUAUGUCCAAUUGGAUUGUUAAAAAAAAAAAAAACUACUUAUAAUCAAUCACUAGUCUACUUCACAGACUAAAAUGACAUUGACAGUCUAUAUUCGAAUACAUAUUUCUUGGUUUCCAACAGAAGUCAAACAUGCUGGAUGGGGAAAAAAAAUCUCCUGCUAGGAUACUGGCAGCUUUCUUGAGUGCUAGGCCUUCUCUUACAUAAUGAUUUUGCAUUGGGGUUACCCUAGUACAUUUGCAUUGACCCACGCUCUCCUUUCCUUCAUGAACGGUGGUGGGCUCUUUCCCACUCUUGUUCCUGCUAACCACUCUGGACCUGUCUAUACCUUUGAUAUUCCCUACACAGUGGUGAAAGAUAUUCCAUUAAAGGAAUACAGGGUGGCAUAUUGAUCUUUUUCUUCCUUCCCCUUAUCCCUCCAUGCCAAGGCAGUGUGGAAGCAGAAGUAGACACAUUCUGCAUUUCAAGUCUGAAUAUAACUAAAUAUUUUAACCUAAAGUUAAACAAACAAACAAACAAACAAAAAUGAGUAAGAUAAUAUCUGCAGGAAAGGGCUCCCUGGUUCAUCGAGUAUCCUCCAAGAUCCAAGCUGAUAGAAAUCCAUUUUCUUCUAAGGCAGAGCAAUCAGCUUAUGCUGUUUUGCCAUUGUGGUCAUGAAUUAUUCUGGGUCAGAAAAGAGAAUCAGGCAUUUUUAAAAGAAGGUACACAAAUGACUAGAUGGUGGCCCUUUCGACAAAAACUAGUACAUGGCAAGUUGGAAGAGAAAUAGAAACAGAAUUAAGAUUGGCAGGACUUGGCGCGGGGGUGCUCCAGGGAAUGUCAGAGCUUCCUGAUUUGUUUCCGUUUGGCCCUGAGCCUUCAUUCACCUCUGCUGUGAAGAAUCUCCACCUACAUUCAUUUUUAUAUCAGUGAUGGUCUGCUUUGGUGAUAUUCUGUGUUAUAAGACUCUGAUUUCCCAUUCCAUUCUAGGAUUCAGAAAAGCCAUUCUUUCAAUGAUUCUUGGGUGCUUUGGGAAUCAGAUCUACCAACAGGCUGUUUGUAAAACAGAAAGUACCUAUGUAUAAGUGCAUCGUUGUCAUCAUCAUCUUUCUCAUUGAUAAAACUAGUUUUGUCUUAGCUAUUUUAUAGUUUAAAAUACUGCCGCACUCCAAUAUAAAACACCUUUAGUAAAAAUGAUUGUGGCUACUCCAUGUUGGAGAAUAUUCUCCUUCUAAGAGUUGUGCUAUCUUAUGGCAUACUUUGUAAAAAGAAUUGGAUAUUUUAAAUACACAAGUAAUUAGAAUGGUUUGGUUCGCAUUGGGAAGGAGAGAAGUGAGUAAAAUUGGGGACUUUUGCAUGUGGAAAACAAAAGGCUUUCUGCUGAAGGUUUAGUUUGAAGACUUAACAGCAACAAACAACUAGUUGUAAGUCUUAAAAAUGUUCUUUAAAUUGUUAGAAUCACCAUUACCUUAAAAUGACGAUGAUUCACUGGGCGAGCACUAAGGUCGUUUCUAGACCAGAGAGGACAGGAUCUCAAUCUGGGGUGGGAAGUCAGAGUGACUGCCUCUGCCUGGCCAGUCCUUUGAAGACAAUGUUGUGCAAGACUGGGAUAUGGUUUCUUUGUAGCUACAUCCCCCUUGAAAUGCCUCAGUCUCCACGUAUAUACAUUUUCUGCUCUGGAAUACUUGUACCAGAAUUGGGUUCACUCCUGUGUUUACAUUUUGUAAACUCCUUAGAUUCAAGAUACAGAUUUCUAAAUUCACAUGUACCUCAAUUACACUGUAUUUUGUAUUUUUCUUCCUGUUUUUAGGGUUAUCUUCUCAAUCUCAUUUCUGCUUUCUCUUUCCCUUGGGUCAACAUUCAGCUCUAGCUAACCAUUUUCUCUUGAGCCCUCAUCUCCAGUGAUAUGUAGGUGGUGAUAAUUCUGAGACCUCUUCCCCUCCAGUUCCUGCCAGUACCCGCUUUUGUGUUUCCCUACAGAGCUCUGGGCUUUAGGAAUUCAGUAGUUUCCUGCAUUCCCUGUUUAAGUUUUUCAUUAAUAUACUAACCUCAUUGAAAGAAGGAAGGAACGACAGGAUAGAGGUAGAAAGAAGGGAGAGGAAGAAAGAAUGGCAAAUAAAUUGACAAGCAUUAGAGUCAUUUUGACUCCCAGGAGACUAAACAAAUCCAUUCCAUGUGGACAUUAAGUUCCAGGGUGGAAUCUAUCCACUUUUUCUUCUGUUUCUCUUUGUUGCUUCUGGACUGGUGGUAAAACCAUUGAGCACCGUGGCCCUUGAGAGGCCCUCACUGUUUAGGGCUUGAUUGAGUCUCUUUAAAGAGCAAAAGGAACUGAGAGUUCACUUCAGUCUUCCUGAGAAAUUACAUUUCUACCCCUCUUCUGUCUUUACUCCAUGUUCCUAAAGGGCAUAUUUUCUUUUAUCCAAAAGACAUGAUUUAACAUUUAAGUUCCAUGAUAGUUUGAAGGAGGGAUGAGACAUUUUGGAUGUAGUUAUGGAAAAGCGCUUGUUAGCACGUAUUUCCAGUUGAUUUGUACUUACUGUGAUCAUCUUGACUGUUUAAGUGGAGUUGGCCUUGACGAGUUGUUGUUCAUGUUGUAUCAGUUGUUAAUGAUUUCAGUGUUGGCAUGAAACUAAGGGACUAUAUAGAAGAAAUGUUACUGCUUAAGAGAUUUCUGAAGCGAUUAUUUUAUUUCUUUAAAUUUUAUUUCUGAAGAGAUUACCAAGCCUAAUUUGUCAUCCCUAAAGGUCACAGCCCCAAUAACUCCACAACAGUUGGAAGCUCUACGAUCCUGCACUCUUAAUGUGCUGAAAUUGGAGGAGGUAAUCUGAGUUAAAAUAUUCCUACUAUAUUUUAAAGCAUGAAAAUGGGCCUGAAAUGCUUUGUGAAAGUGAAAUUAAUGACAGAGAACCAGGACUAGGUAGACAGAACUAAGAAGUUGUUCUUUUAAGUUAUCAUGAACCAGGGGCACGCAUGGAAUGAUGCUUGGUGUUGGGUAGAAGAGGCUGCAUUGGCCCAGAGGUGGGAACAAUGCAGACGAAUCUAAUGCUUGAUGGGCUUUGGAGACAGUGCAGCAGGAAAUGAAGGACUUUGCAUUGGAGAAAUGUGGACCAGGAGAGUUUUCCAGGGAGAUGGGCUUUGAAGCAUUGCUGGGAAUUGUUAGAUCAUUUUGUCUAUGGUGAUAAAUUUGUAUAGAUAAGCUGAGAAGAAGUAGCAUAAGAUUUCAUAGAAGAAGCUAGGCAGUAGGCAGCCUGAGCCCACGUGACAAAAUCUGAUUGUUGAUUUAGAAACUCAUGAAAGUUUGUGACAGUUGAUUUAGAAACUCAUGAAAGUCACUGAGAGUUUUCAACACUGAUAGGAAGCAGUGCUUGUGCACUUUCUAGUUGCAAGUUUUGAGAAGUCAGUUUUUCCUGCCCAUCACCAUGCAAGUGUAGAUUCUGUAGCUGGACAUUGUCUCAGCAGCGCAGAGUCCUGCAGGUUACAAACCCCAUGCUAGCAGCUCCGCCCAGUGCAGCAGCUGCUUCCUGUGCAUCUUGGGGAAUCGAGACCCAGGAUAUCUACGCACUACUCAGUUACUACAGUGUCACCCACAAAGCAACCAAGGAGACUAAAGGGAAGGGAUAAUAAAGAGUCCAGAUUUUUAAAGCCUCCCAAUCCUACUAUUUUCUGGGUAUUACAUAAUAAGAACAUCAUGUAGGUCAUCAACAAACUGUAGAGCAUAAUCGGUAGCUCAGAACUACCAAACAUGAAUUUCCAUUGUAAAACAUCCGCUCAGAUAAUCCGGUAGCCACUGCUUAGUAAUCAGUUGGCAGUCAAUAAAUAUUUUUUAAGGGGGAUGGAGCAGGUUAACAAUAUACUUCCUGUUGUCAGUGAACUUAACAUCUAACUAAAAAGAGAAACAUGCAGAACUAUUAGAGAAACAGUAAGCACCCAUGACACAGUAUCAUCUUUCAACAUGGCAGCAACUAAAACAAAGGAGAAAAGCUGUGGUUUGAAGUGGCUCGGCAAGAUGGGCUCUUUAGGAGAAGAAGGAGUUUAGGAGCAGGUAAUUAGAGGGUUAGCAUGCCUGCUCUGAAGACAGCGGUAUCUGGAGUGUGGCACAGGAAAUGGUAUUAAUCAGGGCCAGCCAGUGGACAGUUAUGGAGUAGCCACUGUACACUCAAGGCUGGGUACUAUUUUAGAGGAAGGCAGUCCACCUGCCUCAUAGGUGACAGGGCAUAUGCCCAUGACAAAGAUCAUGUGGCACAAGACAGCUAUUCAUAAUGAAUUUCUGAGUACAACAGCAACUAGGAUCACUAAGGGUUGCACAAGUUUGGCUGGGCUUGUAAGGCUGUGUGUUAGUGCAGAAGCUGUAGGACUGGAAACUUUUCUGCGGAGAAAACGCUCAACCAGGACUUCCAGGUCAGGACCAUGGGGACGAACAGGAAAGAAGAGGAGACAGGAAGGGGAGUGGGCCAGUGCAGUCUGCUGAGAAAGGUGCUGCAUUCAUCCAGGACGCAGAAAGCUGAGAGCUUCAGAAGGGAAGAGGAGGGCCUGCAGUGUGGGACCCAGACUCCCAGAUUCACAUGCACAGGGCUUUGGAAAGUGUGGUGCGGGGCUGAGUUCUCCAAAGCAGAAAAUGCAGGUUGAGGAGACCUGUUGGCUGAUCUUUUUAGGAGCUGCUAACCAGAACGAAAGAAGAAGGCAUGCUUGUGACUGGAAAUUGGGUAUACUUUUAUUCUAAGUAAAUGGAAAACAAGAGGAGAGAAUUCUAAGAAUGGGUAUGACGUUAGAUGAGGUUUGGGUAUAAAAGCUGUUAGAAGAUGGUAACUUACAAGGAAAAGGACUCCCUUGAAGGACAGGUUGCCUGUUUGUCUUUCUCCCCAGAUCUUACCACAAGGCCUGCCUGGGGGAGUGGGUGGGGUUCCCUUGGAUGCCAUGAAAAUGGAGGUUGCACAGGCUAUGCAGGUGGCUGGCACUCUUUCUGAAGCUCCCAGAGGAAUCCUGAGGAUUCCUCCUUUUCAUCUCCUGUUUAUGCCGCGGCAUUGUUCCUCAUUUCUCACCCCCACAGCACACACGUGUAGCUUUAGUGUCCGGUGUUUUAAACGCCACAGUCACCCUGCUUUGUUGGCUUUUCUGGAGCAGCAGUAGGCAGAGAGAGAUUUUAGCCAGGUGAGAAACAUGAUCUUAUUUCUAGGUAGACUUUUAAAUUUAAAGAGAUUUCCUCCGGCCUGCUUAUUCCCAUGAGGGCGACUGUGUUCCUGCUCUUUCUUUAUCUUGCAAUUCAGCAGAAGAGGGACAAAAGUGACACUCAAGAUCUUUAAGGCCACCACAGGCAGCACUGCUGAGCCCACUGAGGGGAGUCUGAGAUCAGACUGUGCACACAUCAGGCGUGUGACCCCGGGCCUCCCUCAUAUGGGAGACAGGGUCCACGUGAGAAGGGAUACGGCGUGGAAGCGAGCUGCCAACAAGGCAGACCAAGCUUCACGUCCACACUACACCAGAACCCUGCGCACCCCGGAGCACCUCCCUCCCUUUCCCUUCCUUCCGCCAAAUACACACUUGACCAGAACUGCAACAUGUCAAACAUAAACCAAGAUCUGCCUGGAAACCCUAAUUACAAACGUUUCAUUCCCAGGUGACAUAAUCACAUCCUGCCUAAAACUUUUGGCCCGCAUCCCACCACCCAGAUGCUGAAAAGAAACCCCCCCCCCCCCCUUACCACUGGAACCUGUACUUGGGGUUCCUUCAGGGGACAAAGAAAGGGAAAAACUAUUCAGAGGUCAGCCUACAUGUUCAUAAAGGAAAAAGAGCGUGCGUGGCUUAUUCAUUUGUCUUUCCAUUCUUUUGAUUGUUGGCAUUGUGACUGUGGCUUUGAUGAGUAAACUGUGACUGAACGGGAACUGCAGAAGAGAAUAAACGCUGGUGCUCUGAAAUGAUCUACCCAACUCCGUCAUCUGUAACAACCAGUGAUAACUCUGUUGUCUUGUAAAAAGGGUUUGUACAUAACUUGUACAUGGUUUCAUUUUGUAUUUUUCGCAGAUUAAAAAUUUAUGUAUUUGUGUUCUAAAACAA